CGGUACACCACACUCCAGGUGCCUCACGGGAAAUGUAGUCCUCCUCGUCACGCUGUUACAUGUUUGUCCACGCCUACCGGGAAGUGGAAGGAACUACAAACACAGCGGUGGUCGCCGGGAGAAGUCCAACAUGUUGGUCGUCCGCUGUGCGCUGGUUGUAUUCCUCUGCAACCCGGUGUGCGGAGUUUUCCAGAAACUCUACUGCGCCAUUUCAGAGAGCUGCGACUGCGACUUCCGACCGCGCAUCAGAGACUUAGAGUGGGACCUCUACAAGAAUGUCUACGGACAACACCUGGCCCAGGACAUCGUGUCAGAGGCGGUGGACGGGUUCCUCCAGAAUAAAAGCCCCGAUCGCCCCCUGGUGCUGUCCUUCCACGGCUCCUCUGGGACAGGGAAGACACUGGUCAGCUCCAUGCUGGGAAAUCAUCUGUAUGGCUCAGCUAUGAGCAGCCCAUUUGUCCACCAGUUUGUCCCAACGCUGCACUUCCCGAUGCCGCAGCGGGUCAAUGAGUACAGGGAGGCGUUGAAGCUCUGGGUGCAGGGGAACCUGACGGAGUGCGCGCGCUCCAUCUUCCUUUUUGACGAGAUGGAGAAGAUGCCUUCAGGCCUCAUCGACGUCCUGGAGCCCUUCCUGGGUCCUUCUCACAUUGUGUUUCGCACCAAUUACCGCAAGGCCAUCUACAUCUUCAUCAGCACCACAGGAGAGGAGGUGAUAAACAAGCUGAGUGUGGAGAACCGUCAGGCUGGACGGGACCGAGAGGAGAUCAGGUUGUCCGACCUGCAGGACGCCAUCGCACAGUCGGUCUACAACAACACCUCAAGCGGCUUCUUCAACUCCAGCAUCAUCCAGCAGAAGCUCAUCACCCGCUUCGUUCCCUUCCUGCCGCUGAGCCGCCGCCACAUCGAGCGCUGCGUCCGCUCGCAGCUCUGCCAGCAGGGCCGGUGUGGCCGCAGUGACGUGGUGGAGGCAGUGGGGGGCGACAUGAUUUACACUCCCGCUCCAGGACAAUACUUCUCCACCACCGGCUGUAAGGCCGUCUCCGCCAAAAUCAACAUGUUCCUGUGAGCCGGGUGGUGACUUUCUUUUCUAAUGACUGAUAGAGAAACUCCUUCUGAGGUGAAAAACUGAACUUUACGUCUGCCUGAGCGAGUUUCUGCCACGUGGAGGUCAGAGGUCAGAGCAGCGGAGAUUCACAGUCAAGGAUGCCUCCCGUGCUAAUCAAAGGGAAUCAAACUCACAACCCUCAAGACGUUGUUGCUUCAUCAGUCGAUUUCCGUCCGUCUCUGAACACAGGAGAGUUUGUUCCCUGAGCUUUGUUCAGCGUCUGAACCCGGGACACGUCUCAGUCUCUACCUCAAACCCAACUCCGCCUCUCGGUUAGGAAGUUGGUUUCCUGGUGUCAGAUUUUUUAAAGCUAGACUGAAAAAUGAAUAAUCUUCUCCCCAACACGUCCUCCGUUCACACUCUGACCCCAGUGAGACCUGGUCUUCACGUCCGUCCUGAGUGAUCUGAUCACAUGACUCCAUGUGAGAUCAGAUCCCUCAGGACACUCGGGGACACGUGGCAGCUGACGUCGCUGCUAGAAUCACAAUGACUCCUCUUUUGUUUCUGCUUCCCACUAUUUCACAUACAUUGAUUUAUUUGUGGCCACCGACACAAUAUCAACACUUCAAAUGAGUAAAAUAUUCCAGAGUGGAGCAGCAGCCGCUCACAAGCACAUGGGACACAUCUGUAGAGUAAAAACCACAUCAGUUGGAACAGAAAUGACCCAAGUGAUAAUUAACAUAUAGAGGAGGGAGUUGGAUCAGAUCCCAAGUGGUCACAGGAGACACAGGUUUCAGCUGCCGGAGGUUUUGGUGCCUUGCUCAUGUGUUGGCAUCCAACAGCAAAAGAAAGGGGCUCGGUCUAUUUGAUCUCCGAUGCAGUUUCUGCUUUGUCUUCAUAGUUUUUAGAAAAAGAGUUAAAAAAAAAUGUCCAUAAAGACUUUUUAAAGUUUGAAAUAUUUAUUUAGCAAGAACUCCUUCGUGCACCAGUGAAAGACUUAAGUUUGUUGUUUAAUAUUCAAGAGUUCGGAAGUGAACCCAUAAACUCUCUCAAAGCGUUAAACCUUAAAACGAUAAAACAAAUAAGUCAAGUCAAACUGAGGUGAUGCUUUAAGAGAAAACUAUUUCUACAAACGUCAUGAAGAAGCUGGUGGAUUUUACUUCAGGCUCCAGUCUGGGUGCACGUGUGCACUUUAACCACCAGGAGGCAGUAGAGAUUUAAUUUUACCAAGCGAGGAAGACGAGCUGCAGACUUCAGCUCAGUGGUUUUUAUUUCAUUGACUCACAUUUAAAUGAGUUUAACAGUUUUGAUAUUUGUAAUGUAAAUGUGUUGUAAGCGGUGACAACACUGAAACUGCACUUUAUAACCUGGAGGCAUCUUGAGCCGGGACGAACACUUAGUCAUGAAGUUUACUUUGUUAUUACAACUAAUUAACAGUUGUAAAUUCUAUUGACUGCAUUAAAUUGUGACUGUAAGAAUGACUGCAGCAGCAAGUUGUGCAAUUUAAAAAAAGACAUGUAAUUAACAAGGCUGAUUGUAAACUCCAUAUUUAUUAAUUUAUUCAUUUAUUGGCUGACUUCAGUUCUGUUAUCGGUGGAAAUUCAAAUCUUUAACCUAUAACAAUAAAUGACAAAUCAGUUUUGUGAAGCAACAGCAA